UUACAAACUCACGAAGUGUUGCGUGACAAUGUCUGGGCGUGGUAAAGGUGGAAAGGGCCUCGGGAAAGGAGGCGCCAAGCGCCACCGCAAAGUCCUGCGUGAUAACAUCCAGGGUAUCACUAAGCCCGCCAUCCGGCGUCUCGCUCGGCGCGGCGGUGUCAAGCGCAUCUCUGGUCUCAUCUAUGAGGAGACCCGCGGUGUGCUCAAGGUCUUUUUGGAGAACGUGAUUCGCGACGCAGUCACCUACACUGAGCACGCCAAGCGGAAGACGGUCACGGCCAUGGAUGUGGUCUAUGCGCUCAAACGCCAGGGGCGCACUCUGUAUGGCUUUGGCGGCUAAGCCUGAACUCCGAAUCUAAUAUCGGCAGCAAAACAAAAGGCCCUUUUCAGGGCCAUCCAUGUUUUCACUUCAAAGAGCCAACCACUAUGUGAUCGCGCUUUCUAUUUGUUUUAAUUCGACGCUGGGUCCAUCCUUGUACUUUGUAACUGUGAGUUAAAUCGUUUAAACGUUAACACUUGUUCUUUCCUAGUUGACAGUUAAGUCAACUUUGUAGAUCCGUCGGAGUCAUCUGUAAUAUCAUUAGUUUGUACUUUGUAUUUUCACCAUUAUGAUCAGAAGACUUAGAAUGAUUCACUGCAGUUCACUACUUAAUCAUCUGGAGCUUUGAACAGGGUGCUAGAGAGCAUUACAGAAAAAAAAAAAGCAUGGGUUUAUAGGAAAAAGACGAAAGAAGUACGAGGUGGUGUCUAGCGCUACGGUGUCUAGUUAACUGUUAUAUGAGCGGUAGAUGUUAAAACAACCAGCCUUCCCAGAGCUCACAGGAUGGGGGAGCUUGACAAAUGUAAAAUUUGAUGGAAUUUAAAGUACACUGAAAGUAGUCCUAUGGGAAAAGUAGGACAAUACAUAGGAUACUCUAUUAUUACUUUUUGGUGGAAUGGAGAGGGAGGGUGACUUGUAUCUUCUAUAGUGCUCUGUCCGGAGCUGCUGGUUUCUCUUGUUGAAUAAAACAACAGCAACGACAAAAACCAAAAAAGCUUCAUUAAAGUAUCAGUGGCCAAUGUAAGUAUGUAAACAGAUUCGUAUUUGCUGAGUCCUCACUAUGUUGGCUCUAUCUUGAAUAAUCUUCGACUUUAUUACAAGUCUGUUCUACCUUAAAUUAUAGUGCCAUGAAGUUUCAUGCCACAAAAUAAAAAGUGCUGGGCUUGGUUUUUCAAACCCACAUCUUGGUUCAAUUCCUCACCUUUUCUUCCAUGUAUGUAAGGAAAUGAGACAA